AUGGACGAGUAUGACGAGUACGAGUCUGUAGACCGCCUGGAGCUACCGCGGGCGCCGCGUUCACUGUGGGAUUUUGUGAACAUAUUGACGCCCGUGCUCAAGUACUACGUGGCGCUAUUGGUGCUGUUCCUGGGAGCUCGAUGGUUUAACCGGCAGCUGGACAGCGAGGCGGCGGCGCAAGAGCAAGAGACACAGCAGCAGCACCGGCCCACGCUCUCGCCAGAGCUGACUGUGGAGAGCUCAGAAGACGAAGAAAGUAGCGACGAAGAAGAGAUCGAGGAGCUUGUGACGGACGGCGACCGUCUCGUGCCGAUGGGAGCCAAGAAACUAAAAAAGAAGAAGCCGAACCCGACAAAGGAGCUGUUCGACGGGCUGCGUAAAGUGGAGCAGGAGCUGCGUGACAAGAAAGACAAAGAGGACGCGGACGACAACGUGAGCUGGAACGAGUUGCACUCCAGUAUGCUCAAGCGCUACAAGGACAAGUACCCGAACCACGGUCCACGUGUGGCCGACCCCGAGACAGACAAGUACGACGAGGAGUUCAACGAGUUGCUGCGCAAGAACAACAUCAACCCCGAGGACCUCAAGAGUCAGAGCGCCACGAAGACCGAGUGA